AUGCUCAAACACAGCGUCUAUGGUUGGGGACAUGCACGAGCGUUGCCGCUGGCCGGAAUGCGAACAAGUAACACUGUCUUUAAGCAGCCUGUACAGCUGACAGGACGAUCCGAUUAUGCGCUUGACAAGGGCAAUGUGACGCAUGUAGCUGCUGGUUGGGGUCAUUCGUUAUUGGCAAUUGAUGCACAGCGUGUUUAUGGAUAUGGAUUGGAUCGUUGUGGACAAGCAGGGAAUGGGCUUGUGUUUGAGAGCAAAGACAAGGUGCAUCAGCUGGCCUGUGGGAGAGAACAUUCACACAUUGUGACGACACAAGGAUUAUACUCGUUUGGCAAUGGAAUGUAUGGGCAACUUGGCGUGGGCAAAAGCAAGGCUACACAUCCAGGCACCUUUGUUGUUGAGAACAAGCCAUGUCAGGUUGUCACGCGAGGUACCGUCACUGACAUUGCAUGCGGUCUGGACCACACUGUUUUCGCAACAGACCAUCAGAUGAUCUAUGCCAUGGGUUGGGGUGCAGAUGGCCAAUUGGGCGUGGGCGAGACUAUUGAUUACAAUGUGCCAAAGGCUUUGCCAUCACUUGGAUCUCCUAUCAAGAAACUUGCUGGCUCCACUGAUUUUACAUUGGCUCUUACUGCUGAUGGCCGGUUAUGGACGUGGGGCAAUUCUGAAUAUGGGCAAGGUAUGACAGGCGCCAAGGUCGAUAGAAUUUUGGAGCCCGUGGUAUUAGAACAUCGGGGUAUCACCGAUAUUGCAGCCGGUGGUCCAUUUUCAGUCGUGCUUACAGACGACGGUGCAGUACACACAUGUGGAUAUGGCGCUCUUGGGCUUGGCAAGGAUGUGAUUGAGACGUUGACAUUGAAGCGGAUACCAGGACUCAAGGAUAUUAAACGUGUAUUUGCAACAACGGAUUAUGCAGCGGCUAUCACAGCAUCGGGUGAGCUCUUUUCAUGGGGCUUGAAUGGACCAAGCGGAAGACUUGGGUUAGGACAUGACGAACACGCAUUUGUGCCUCAACAGGUGCCGCUUGACAAACCAGUAGCAGACGUGGCGCUAGGCACCCAUCAUGCGAUUUCCUUGUGUAUAGACGAAUAG